CCUUCCGAGGCUUCUUCCCUGAUCGAGGUGUGCUGUGCGCGGUGCACGACAUCACAACGAAAGAAAUCACAACGAAAGAAAAAAAAUCGCUCAUCCCAUCAUCACGUUUGUUUCUCAUGACCAACUUCGAGCUGUUCAACUGCAUCAUGGUGGAUCACUGCAUCUCUCCUGACGAACGCUCGUCUCUCGUGGAGUCUCAAUCUGCUUGCGCUCUAGAUUCGGGUAAAAUGUUGCUAGCAACCAUGACUCUUUGGAGAUAUUGUUCUCGUCGUAUACCUCCUGACUUCCCGCUCCAUCGAUUGACGACACUAACUUCAUGCGUCCAACAUGGAUGUGCUUUUGUUUGAUAACUGACCAGAUUCACGCUGGAACUUCAUCCAUGGGAAAACAGUAAACAUGCAGUACACCAGUUUUCCUAUGGCUGCCCUCCAUUUGAUCCCGAAAUUAGGCUGGCGCCAACUCAAUUAAAGGGUUCAAAGACUGAUCGCCUACUGAUCAUGUUCCAAGCUACACAAGACCCUGUCCUUGCGUUGUUCAUGCAUUACAUGGAUUCGCAGAGCCUCAUAACAGAUCCAAUAGCUCGAAACGUCCAUGUUAACUGGUCACACGUCGCACUGAAUAUUGCAGAUCUUACACGUUACCACGAUGAGCCCUGAGCCUUCAUCAGACAACACUCCUUUCUAAUUUAUACAUCGUACCAAGCGCCCGGUUUCCGACCACCAAUAUGACUUCUAUCUUGUUCUCUCCAUUCGUUUAUGGACGGCUCCAUCACAGUCAUACAUGAACAAUGCAAGGCUACAGGAUAUGUCUCCUCUGUUUCCAAGACCACCCAAAGCUAAGGGUCGGAACAUUGGCAGCUAAACUAGAACAGCUGAACCCUCUCUACAGACAAGAUUGCAAUUCACAGUUCAAGCUCUGUGGGAGAUUUGCAUCCAAGACUUCUAGCCUGCACAUCCACUGUCAAAUGCCGGACUCCUACAUUAUAUCGCAAUUACCAAAAGCAAAAGCAAAUUCGCACUAA